AUGAAAAGUAAAGAAGUGGACUGGUCUAUCAUAACAAAUAAAUUAAGUGAAUAUAAUACACAUAGUGUAAUAAGUAAUAGUAGUAUAAGGGAUAUUGUUGUAUAUAAUAGUAGUACAGAUAUAAAUAGACUAACUAGUACUAAUAAUACAGAUAAUAAGAGUAAUAGUGUAAUAAGUAAUACUCCUGUAUAUAAUAGUAGUAUAAUAUGUGAUACAGAUAUAAAUAGACUAACUGAUAAUACUUAUAAUCAUGAUACAGAUAUAAAUAGACUAACUAGUGUAUAUAAUAGUACCAAUACAAGUACUUCUGUAUAUAAUAGUAAGUGUAUUAUGUUAUAUAAUAAUAUAAUAAGGUCAUUAUUAUAUAAUAUAUGUGUAUUAAGUAAUGCACAGUUAAUAAAUAAAUAUAAAAAAAUAAUAAAAAUAAUAAAUAAAAUAAAAUAUAAAAAUAAAAUACAUAAUACAGAAUAUAUUACUAAUAGUAUAAUAAAUAAUAGUAAUUAUGAUGAAUAUAUUACUAAUAAUACAGAUAUAAAUAGACUAAACAGUAUAGAAUAUAAUACUAAUAGUGUAAUAAGUAAUAGUACUAUAGAAUAUAAUACUAAUAGUGUAAUAAGUAAUAGUAAUUAUGGAUUAUAUAAUAAUAUUCGUAUGUGGAUGGACUCAGAGAAAGAAUCAGUCAGGGAAGAAAUAAGGAAUAGGAGGGAAGUACUUAAAAAACCUGAAAAUAAAAAUAAAUUAUUUAAUGAAUUUAAUGAAAAAAUAAUUAAAAAUAACCCAAAAAGUAAAUCAGAUAUAAAAAAUUUAAAAAACAUUGUAAAAAACAGAAAAAGAACAAUUUUUACCUUAUUAAAAGUAAUUAAAGAAUUAAAUAUUUUUAAUAAAACAAAAAUAACCGAUUUUCCAUAUAAGGAAAUUGUCUAUUUAUUUGAUUUAAUUAAUAAGUCGUUAGAAAAUGAAUUGGAAGUAAUUUUAAAUAAGAAAGAAAGGAAACAGAAGCGGCUGUAUAUUAUACCCGUAAUUAAUAUAUUUAAUAUUUAUGAGUCAUUUGCUUAUAUACUACCAGAGAGAACUGGCUCAUUACUUUUUACGCUAUACGUAAAUAAUUCUAUUAGAAAAAUAGACAAAACCCUUCCAUUUCUGUCUUUUUCAAUAAAAAAUUUGGAGACUUUUAAAUUUAAAAGAAUAAAGAAUAAAAUAACUGUGCGAGCACAGAAAAUAGACCAAUUACACUGUAAAAUAAGAAAUAGUCAGAGACUGCUUAACCUAUCCAAGAUAUUACAGAGAAGAAUAAAAACAGAAAUAGUGCAGUACUUUAUACACAAACCACCAAAAGUCUUAUUAAAUAAGGUAUUUAAGCAAAUAAAAUUAGCACAGAAUAUAAUUAAAAACCAGAACAAAUUACUUAAAGAAGUAAAUUAUAAUGAAUUACUUAAAGAAAUAAGAAUAUUAAAGGAAAUACUUAAAUAUACAACAAAUAACAAACCAUUUAUACUAUAUGAAAAAUUAAAAAUAUUUAUAAUUAAAAAUACUACUAAAUAA